GCUGAGCACCUGCUGAGCACAUCAUCAAGACAAAGACGCUGCAAGACAAAUCGCUGUCACCAUGAAGGCCGCACUCGCCACCAUCGCUGUCCUCGUCCUGGCUCUCGGCUUGACCUCUGAGGCUGUGCAGAUUGAAGAGAAUGGAUUGUUUUUCUCCCUGGAAGCCGUCAAGAGGCUCCAGGAGCUGACAGAGCUCAACAGUGUGACAGGACAACGAAGCCCACGACUCAGGGCGAACACCGUGUCCCUGUGUGCCGAUCCGCUGCUGCCACAGGAGUUCCUGCCCCUCUGUAAGCAGAGAGGAGCGUCUGCAUCCCUCGCUCGACUAGCUCUGGUUCCCAGGGACGUCUGUGAGAUCUGCGCUUUUGCUGCCUGCACCGGCUGCUAAACCAACACAAGCAGCCAGAAGCAUCUUUUCCAGCUUAAAACUUGUGAUUUUCUUUUCCUCCCCCCUCAAAACUAUAGUACUUCAGAGAAUUUCUAAAAAGAAAAAGAAUUAGCCUGCAAUGAUGAGAGAUUGAAAUGUUCCCUGAAUACACAAAAGGCCCCAAACAGAAAAACAAACAGACAAAGUGAGGUUAUUUUCUUCUUCUUGUUUUAACUGUAGCAUAUUAACUUUAUUUUU